AUGGAGUCUGUACGCCAGUCGUGCCGGCCGAGGCACCAGCUUUUAACGCUCAAGUGCUAUCCCAAAUACCAAAAGGGUGUGCCUGAGGUCAAGCCCAACCCCAGUGAACUGUCAUACCUGCUCUAUUAUGCGAGCACGCGUCGCAGCAAGUUGACCAAGGUCGGCGCUUUUCUUGAGAAACGAGUGGCCAAAGAUGUUUGGAGGCGCAGAUUAGGCAAUGUCCAGGUCGCCCUCCAUAUAUUGACUGCGCUCAUCGAGAAACUUCCUCGCGACCUCCCAAUUUACGCGAGUUCAGUACUGACUGUCCUCGAAACUGUUCUGAAAUCGCAUGACGUUUCCCUGGUAGAGGAUUCGAUCGCUACAUUCGAAACAUUUUGUUACCACCAGGACAUCGCGACCAUUGCCGCAGACCAAGGUCUUGCUCAGAAGUACCAAGCAGUCGUGCGUACGUACGCCGGCUUUGCUGAUCCGUCCUCUCCCUCCUAUUCUUCCGCCACCCUCAGCCCCGCGGUCGCCAUUCGCUGGAGGAAUGCCGGCCUACGUGCGAUCAAGGGUGUUGUGAGCUCCGAGAGUCUUGCCGCAGAUGGUGGCACUUCCCUCCGGAUCAUUCUGCCCGUCAUCUUGGAGAACCUUUAUUCUUCAAAUGAAAAUUUACUUGUGCCAUUAAAGGCGAGACUGGAAGAAACCAAGCAAGCCGACAAGACCGAGCGUGAUGAGAACCGAAACCGGCGCAUGAGUGUCAACACGGUGAAUACAAUCGAGACGGCCAACGGAGACCCUGCAUUGGCAGCCCAAUCGACCGCUGAUGUUGACCGACAAGCAGAGCUGGAUGCGCGGCUGUUGGCUCUGCGUUGCCUUGAACAAAUCAUCGUCUCAGGUAGUAACCGUGGUCAAAUCCGCGUUGCGGCAACGGUCAUUCUACAAUUUAUCGCCAGCAAGCAAUUCCCGCGAACUGUCACUAGAGACGAGACAAGCGCCAUUGACCAAGCGGGUAACUGGGCAACCUCCCUAAUUGAGCUCAUUGCGACAUGGUGCCCUGUGCAAAUUCGAUUUGUGAUUCUAGUGAUGGCCUUGGAAACCUUACAGGAGACACUACCGAAGGAGGAUGCCCUAGACUCGGCAUUCACCAUUCUUUCCGUGGUGAACUGGCUUCUGAAGUCCUCCGUGAACAUGAUUGGUUUGAGCGUGAUGGAUAUCCUAUUUGGCCUCAUGCUUUACGUCUCGCGCAUUUUAUCUCCCCACGACAACGCUGAGGCUAGGGAGAAGCACGAGCAGACCCCUGACUCUGCUAUCUUCCUCUCUGCUCGGAGAAAGGGCCUGCUUGCUCUUGUGGAACAAUGCAUUGGCAACUUAGCAACUCAUAUCUACUAUGGCGAUCAGGUUGCUGAUAUGAUGCGAGCUAUCUUGCGGCGCUUCAAGCCCACACCAACCCAGGAGAAUGCUAUGCAGUCUUCCUUGGCCACAGUGCAUGAGACUUCAACCCCGCCCGUUGUCCACACUGAUUCCAACUCCGAGAGCAAUGGAGAGAAGGCCCACGGCGACACAUUUUCGCACACUGCGGCUAAACAAACUGCUCUCCGAGCCAUCAAGGCCAUCCUUAUCGUGGCAAACCUACGCGCGCCUACUGUUGCUGCAGCCUCCGAAUCAAGGAAUCCAGUCGGAAUUCAUGUAUGGGAAGGGACACAGGGACUCCUCCGAGACCCCGAUCAUGAGGUUCGCCAUGCCUAUGCCGAGGCCUUCCUGACUUGGCUGCGACUCGAAACGAACAAACGGGAUCUCAAGGUGCGAGUAGAUACCCCGAGGUAUAUUAAGCAGACAUCGAAGCGUGAUUCAGAGUCGGACAAACCGAACCGACGCAGCACGUCAGCACCUAGAAAUCAAAGGGAGAUCGUAGCUCUUGCAGCGCAGUCGAGCUUCCUUCGCCUCCUGCAUCUUGCCAUCUACGAUUCCGCCUUAGAAGAGGCCACCGUGGAGUCUGAGGUACUUGUCCUACAUCUGUUACUUGCUAGCCUUGUCGAGAAUCUAGGCCUCAACGCGGUGCAAUUUGGUCUCCCCAUGGUCCUGAAACUUCAAGAGGAUCUAUUUACUUCAGUCGAUCUGGGCACUUCUAGGGCUCGCAUCAACAUUGGAAGCCUGGUUCACGGGUAUCUUUUGGCCAUCUGUGAAAAGUUCAACCUCGAGUCCACCCGUGCUGGCAUUGAAAUUCGGAAUGAGAUUGGGAAGCGACAGAGCCAGGGCCAGUGGCUCUCUAGGGUCAAGGUGCCUCCGACAGGCCUGAACGACAUUGCGACAGACGAUGAAAAAACCUCGAAUGGUGAUUCGGAUUCGUCCAUCGCGCUCACCCCUUUCCAAGAUCUUGACGGCCUCAUCGAUGGCAUGGACAAGUCCUAUCGCGAAACAAUCUCGUCGCCCCCACAAAGCCCGUCAAGUUUGCCAGCGCGGGGAUUCAAUUUUCCUGUCCUCAACCACGCUCAGGCUGUUCAGUCGCAGGUCGAGAACGUUCUUCCGCCAUCUGUCCGGGAGGAGAUAUUCUCAGCUUGGUCUCGAGAAUCAUGUAUGGCUGCCGUCGAGAAGGAAAGUAUCAAAGCACUAUCGAUCAACGGCUCGCGCGUUGGCACUAUGACUCGCAAUAGCCAAUUCAACGGUGCUACAAACGGUUCACCAGCUGGCUCGGCGUCCCAGAAGUAUCGCCUUUCGAAGGUCCCCGACACGUCCUGCGAAGACAUGCGAACUCCAGAUCACAGCCCUCACCGAGGGUCUCCAGUCCGUGUAACACAGCUACGUCGUGUGCUUUCUGUCAAGGAUGAGCCCACUCCUCGGAAUCCAAGCCCACUGCAUGGUGUAGACAGAUCGAAUAUCAGCGUCAUCUCGUCAGGCAGUGAAAGUAUGGUCAGUGGUGCCUUCUCUGCCUCGGAGAUGGAAGGUGACGAUGCGUCUGUUCACUACUAUGGGCAAGGCACCCCCGACCAGGAAGGACAAGCAACGCCUCGUGCAUCGGCAUCUGCUUUUCCAAAUGACUCGCAGCGGUCUUUGCUCGUUGAUCGCCCUUCCACCGCUCCGGACAAUUCGCAACAGGCCAAUGGAAAGGCAGAUUACCUACAGUCUCGAAACAAAUCCCUAAAUCGUAACUUGAGUCGCUCUAACGCCAGCCUCUCUGCCGGGAUCUUGGAUGAUUCCCGGGGUGCGCCAAGCAAUGGAAAUGAUCAUGCUUUCGACAACAACCACAGGGAUCAGCUGAGAAAACUAUUGGACGGAUUCCUCUCCCCGAAAAUAGCAUCUUGGCCCACGAGGACCGCUCAUCCAGCGGAUUGGAGUCUUCUCAGGCCCAAAAUUAUUCCAGCCAACGCCCAGUCAGUGGUGGCGGCAUCGGACGACCUCCAUACUAAUCUUCAAUUUCCUUGCAUCCUGUACAGUCAGUCCUAG